CUCCUGUCUUCCUCCAGCCUGUUAUAGCUUCUAAGAUGGCCACCAAGUAUUUCUCCAGCACUGAAACUACAAAUUUUGCAAGGCUGUCCCGACUGGUUGUAGAUGUCUGCAGUGAUGUGCUCAGAGAUGUGCUGAGGGUAAACAUACCACCGCCUGGACUUACUGCAAUUCUACAAAGUCAAAGGGUUCACCUCAGCAGAAAUCUUGAGCCUCGCCAACAACAGAUUCUGUUCCCACCAGGUGGAGUGUUUACCGGUACCCUGGAGGAUUUAGAUUUUAGCCUCCUGUAUAAACUAAUUCGUAACCUCCAGGGUAUCAACAUUUCACCUCAUACAAAGGGUUGGGGCAGGACACCAGACAAUACAGACCGGUCACUGGCAGCUAAUAUUGACCGAUUGAGAAUCCAGCGCAAUGAGACACAUGGACACCUGUCGAGAGCAUCACUGUCUUCUACAGACUUCCAUCGUAUAUGGGGCAUCAUCCGUCAGUGUAUCUCCGAGAUAGAACAAGGCUCUCUGACAGGAGACACAUACGUGACAGCAGUUGACAACCUGCUGACCGUGGGUAUGGACCCUGAUACAGAGAAUGAGGACAUAGAGAAACUGAGCAAACAACAACAUGAUUUUGAGGCCAUCAUGGAGGAUGUUAGAGCUGAACAGGAAACUAUGGCAACAUGCGUCAAUGUUGUCACCACCAGACAGGAAACCAUGGAUGCGAGGCAGGAAACCAUGGCAAAAGACAUCAAUGAUGUCACUAUCAGACAGGAAACCAUGAAUGCGAUGCAGGAAACCAUGGCAACAGACAUCAGUGAUGUCACCACGAGACUGGAAACCAUGGAUGCAAGGCAGGAAUCUAUGGCAACAGACAUCAAUGAUGUCACCACCAGACUGGAAAUCAUGGAUGCAAGGCAGGAAACCAUGGCAACAGACAUCAAUGAUGUACCCACCAGACUAGAAACCAUGGAUGCAAGACAGGAAACCAUGACGACAGACAUCAGUGAUGUCACCACCAGACUGGAAACCAUGGAUGCAAGGCAGGAAACCAUGGCAACAGACAUUGCUGAUGUCACCAUCAGACUUGAAACCAUGGAUGUGAGGCAAGAAACCAUGGCGACAGACAUCGGUGAUGUCACUGCAAGGCAAGAAACGUUGGAAGCCAGGCAGGAGACCGUUGCAGCAAGACAGGAAGCCAUGGCAAACAAUUUACAUACCAUACAAGAUGAAGUCAUUUAUGUUAGAGACGCAUUGAAUACGACUGCAACAAACACAAGUCACAUCACAGAAAUCCAUUCUGACCUCAAGCCAAUGAUAGACAAAACAAAAGCCAGGAUCACGCAAGAAAAAGAGAAGAAAAAAUUCCUUGCGACCAAAGCUUUCCAUGAUGCUCAAGGCAAGCUCCAAAAGAACAGAGUUUUAGUCAUCAAGGGAAACACGGGAGAUGGCAAAACUUCUACCGCCAUUCAACUCCUUCACUGGCUGAUAGAGCAGCAGCCAUGCAGACAACCCCUUCAGCUUCAUAAAAUUAAGAAAUUAGAUUUAUUAGCUCCAAACUCUCAUCUGAUUACUUUUAUUGAUGAUAUUUUUGGUGAGAAAGAUGUAGGUAGAAUGGAUGUACAAGAGUGGAACCAAAGAAUCACAGAUUUGCAAACACUUUUUGUUGACGAGCAAAUCCGGGCCAAUUUUCUGAUCAUUACAAUUCGUAAUGAAAUACUUAAUAAUUUGGCGAAAUCUUCCUUGGGAUCAGUUUUCAUUGAACAUAACAUCAUUGAUCUUAGCUCAGAUGAGUACAAAAUUGCAGAAGAAAAACGGCAACUUUUAGAGAUGUAUAACCCAGAAAAUGUUUCAUGGAAAGAGGAAGAAAAGGAAGAAAUUCUAGAUUAUGCUCCCGAUAUCGGAUUCCCACAAUGUUGUCAGCUUUUCUGCAAGUCUGUGGAAUUACAGGAGAGACGAGCUGAUUUUUUUAAGAAACCUUUCCAAUUUUUCAUGGAAGCAUUGUCAAAGUUACCAGAAUGUUCUGCCAUUUUGUUUCUCUUCCUCAAUGAUGGGGAGAUAAAGGUAACAGAUCUAGACCCAAAUGGUAAUAAAGUAAACAAAACAUUGUUAGAGGAAGCAUUUGAAAUUAGUUUAGUUGAUGGUGAAGUUGACAGAACCUCAAUGACAUUUAAGAAGAAGGUAGGAUCUGUGAAAGAUAGCUUAGACAGGUUAGCAGGAUUUUUGGUUAGAAAGGAGACUUAUCGGUCUAAUGAUGAAGUGUACAGAUUUGAUCAUGAUUCCAUAUAUGUCACAGUAGCUCUUUUGUAUGGAAACAAAACACCAUUUGGCUACAUAACGAAUUGUCCCAGCAGAUUCCUCAGUUAUCUGACAACCUCAAAAACAUCAUCAAACAUGAUUGUCAUAUCAUCUGACCAUUUUACAUAUUUAUGUGAACGUGUACUCAAAGAGUUUAAGUAUAUAAAGGAUCCGGCAAAGUUUCAAAAAGAUGCGAUGGAAUGUUUGUUUGGGACAAUUUUUCAUGGUACUGGUAUUGGUUCUCUAGAUGUAUGGAAAGAUCACGUAUUUGUUGAGAGAUUUGUCCAAUUGUUGGAAGAUAGAAAAGUUGAUAAACGUGCUGUUCUAGAUGAAGCAUGUUACUUUGGUGCUAAAGAAUGUGCAAAAUAUCUUUUGCGUGAGGGAGUCCAACCUUACGAUGUCAUAUCAUUGUGGUCACUGAUUACAAAAGGUAAAUGGCUGAAAGGAGAUUUGAAUGUACUUGAAGAAGUUUUGAUAUACUUGAAUAAUGAGUUAAAACAUGGUUUGUUGAAAACUGCAUGUUACUCUCGUUCAUUAGAAGAUGUUUCAUAUCUUCUGAGUAAGGGAGUCAAAUCUGAUGGCAUAGAUUGGUGGUCAUUGAUUAGGAGAAAUCCUUUAAUUGAUAUUUAUAAUUCAAAUGAACUACUUGAUUAUCUUGGUUUGUUUGAACAAAUUGAUAUUGAUGAUUCGGAUAGACCUAUGGAGCUUUCGACAGAAGAGUUGUCAUUGAUUAAGGAAAAUGGUGAGUAUAUCUCUAAGGGAGAUGUGGAUGUUCUUAAGAAAGUUGUCAAAUACCUGAAUGAUGAGAUAAAACUUGACUUGUUAAAUAAAGCAUGUCGAUCUGGUUCAGAAGAUUGUGCUUUAUGUCUUCUGUGUGACGGAGUCAAACCUGACGAGCAGACACUGAUUGCUGUGGUGAGGGGAGGGAGUAUAGAUGUUAUGCGUAAACUUCUGAAGUAUGACAUCACUUCAACUGGGAAGCUCUCUUCGAAUAACGAUAUCCUACACAUGGCAUGUAUGAACAAGAGAGAAGAGAUGGUGACAAUAUUGUGUGACGCUUAUCCACACUUGGUACAUGACACUGAUGAGAAUGGACAAACCCCACUCCAGAUAGUGGCAGGGACAGGAAACUGUUCUAUGUUCCAGACAGUGGAGAGAACUGUACUUAACUCUUUGUGUAGAGUUGAGGACGAACAACACAAGUGUGAGACAGUAGAUGGUUGUGUGGUUCAUAGGAGUUGUAUUUGUAGUCAGUAUAUGUCUCGGUUGGUAGAUGUGUAUGGACUAACGGUAUUGCAUGCAACUUGUAUUCAAGGGCAGUGCAAGGAGAUUUGUGUAUAUUUGUGCGAGUCUUAUCCAGCACUAGUCACAGUUGUAGAUCAGAAUGGGCGGACAGCAUUAGAUGUGAGUUGUUUGAUUGGGAACAAGGAGAUUUGUGUAUAUUUAUGCGAGUCCUACCCAACGCUUACCACAGCUGUAGAUAAGAAUGGGCGGACAGCAUUACAUGGCACAAAGAGAUUUGUAUAUAUUUGUGUGAGUCCUACCCAGCACUAG